GGGGAAAAAAUCGCGUCAAUGACCCUUGCCUUUUUUUGGUUCCUCGCGGUGAUGUCACGCCCCGAAUGUCAAAACGCGGCACUUACAACGUUCAGGUGACAGCUAACAGCAGUUUUCCAACAUGAUGUUCUACACGCAACUCUUCACCUCAAAGCGAGGGUCUCUAGCCAAAAUUUGGUUAGCAGCGCACUGGGAGAGGAAACUCACAAAGGCCCAUGUAUUUGAUUGCAAUCUGGAAACAACCAUCAGAGACAUUAUUUCCCCUAAGAUGAAAAUUGGUUUGCGGACAUCUGGCCAUCUGCUCCUCGGUGUGGUCCGGAUUUACUCCAGAAAAGCAAAAUAUCUCCUUGCAGAUUGCAAUGAUGCCCUGGUUCAAAUUAAAAUGGCAUUCAGGCCAGGUCAGACAGAUAUGCCUGUGGAGGGGCUUGAGGCCACAGUAAAAGCAAUUACCUUGAUCGAAGAUUUCACUGCCUUUGAUUCCCAGCUGCCACACCCAAGUGACAUAGAUGUCAUGGACCACUUUUCACUGAACCAGUGUCGAUCAGAGGAAAUCACUCUGAAAGAGGAUUUUGGAAAUGGCUUUCUGAACUUGGCAGAAAUCAGAGAUGAGUCCCAGAGCCUCCAGAACGGACUGCUGGAUAUGAGCUUCCACAGCCUGGCUCAACAUGGAGACACUUUUGGCGAUGAGGAUAAAGGAUUCGACCUGCUCGACUUUCUGACGAACUCCAGUGAUUAUCCUGAGUCCACAGACUUCAUCCCAGAGGAGCCUAAAAACGAAAAUCAGGAGAACUCCAGGUUCAAUUACAAGCACGAUGCUGACCGGAGGGAUCCUGCGGAGGUGGCGACUCCUACACUGAAUGAGACCACCGUGCUCGCUAAUGAGGAGGAAGCCUUUGCCCUUGAACCCGUGGCCAUCACUCCAAACUCAGAGAGGAAGAGGGGGAAGAGGAAACGCAAAUUAGUGGUGGACCAGUCUAAGGAGCUGACCAAUGAAGCUAUCAGAGAGCAGCUUGCUGACUACUCAGAUCUGGUCUCCCCUUUGGACAUGGCUCCCCCCACCCGACAGCUGAUGCAGUGGAAGGAGAGCGGAGGUGCAGACAAACUCUUUGCACAGCCGUGUUCCACCCUAGUAACUCCACAGAUCAAGGAGCUCUUUGCUAAGAGUAUGUUCCAGGUGAAACAUGGUGUGAGUGAGGAGGUUGAGGCGAUGCGGCUGGAUGAACAGGAGGCGCAGAGAGACAUAAGUGCCCUCAACACAGACAGCAUCAGUGUUGUAGAUUCGUCAGUAGAUCGCGAAAAAACGCACAACACUGAGUUGACAGACCUUGGUCACACAAACGACAACCGACAUGAGAAUUACUCAGAGCUCAUACAGGAUGAAAACAGAUCUGAAUUCACUCAUCCAGAACUUCCAUCAGAAGACUCCAUGUUUGUUCAUCCAUCUUACAUGGCACAGGAGACUCAGUCAUCGUCCACGCACACUCAGUCUAUGCUGGACAGCCAGGACUUUGAGGAGAGGAAGAUAACCAGGCGAGCAGAGAAGCUUCUGAACACUCUAAAAAGCCAGAGCAACAGUGACAGCAUGUUCAGCCUGGAGGUACUGUGUGCAGGGAGCACUCGCUCGCAGGCUGCAACCACUUUCUUCUGUCUCCUGGUCCUGAAAAAACAACAAGCCCUCCGUCUGCACCAGAGCGGACCUUAUCAGGACAUCUUCGCCACGCCGGGACCCAAGUUCUUUAAUUAGUGAAGCAGAAAACAGUUUUAUAAAGUGAGGCCUUGGGUUCUACUGGAUCUGCCUCAUGCACAAGUAGCACAUGUCUGUGUUAUGAAGUCAUUUUCCCAGAGUAAAAUUAAUUUAUUCACUUAGGUUUAUGGGUUGAAUGUUAAAAACAGCUUGGAAAGAAGAUUUUUUUUGAUUGUUUGUCACACACGUCUGUAUAUCUGUGUGUCUAAAAACUUGUACAUACUGUUUGCUUGUUCUUGGCACUUUUCUUUUGUGAGAAAUGAGGAGGGCGUCAAUGAAGGAACGUUUCCCCUGAAACCUCUUUGUCAGAGUUUAAGUGAUGUGAGAAGUCCUUUUGGAUUAAUUCAUAUUUUUUAUUGUUGUUAUUUUAGGCAAAAUCUGACAGGAUGCAGGUAUUACUGUGGCUGCAUUUUGAGUUAGUGUUUUACACCUGUUCCUCUUCUAUUUAUUCUGUUGUUCCUCAUGACGUUAAGUAUGUUGCAUCAAACAAGGUCUUAAGAACCACUCUGUGGUGUUGUAUCUGACAGAAUAGCAAAUUAUUGCUUUAAAGGUAUGAUUGACAUUG